AUAGGUAUUAUAUUUGCGAUAGUAAUUGCCGGUAUUCUGUUUUUCGGACUAUGUGCGGCGAUCAUUUAUUUCGGUUUUGUUAAAAGGAUGAGAAAAAGUGAAAAACAAAGGCAUACAGGGAAUGGUACCAUAUCCAGAACAACCAGUAUUUUACGAGCACCAACUUCAACCUAUACAACAUUGAGGAAUGAAAAACCACCGUUUCCACAUCAACAAUUGCGAAGCGCUUACAUUCCUAGUUUGGAAACACCCAUCUUGCAAUCACCGAUGCAUACUCAACCUGCAUAUGUACCACCACCACCCAUAUAUGCCGUCCAAUCGGAUUAUCCACAAUCACAGAAGCAACGAAGGAAUUAUCCAAAUCCAGAGAAUUAUCCAACUUGGAAAGGAGCAACAACCGGGUCACAAAAAAAUAUCAUAUCGGAUAAAUAUCCGUUUUCAUUUCAUACAUCUUCCGUUUGA